AUGAGUCAAGGCACAGCCCAGACCGGGGGCCGUGCGUCGGCGCUGGAAUUCGGGGUGACGGCGACCAGCCUCCGUGCGCGCACGUGUGUCAUGCGCCUGCCGCACGGGGACGUCCACACGCCCGUGUUCAUGCCCGUGGGCACCAACGGCUCCGUCAAGGGGCUCACCCCGCGGCAGCUCGAGGACGCGGGCUGCCAGAUCAUUUUAGGAAACACGUACCACCUCGAGAGCGCGCCUGGGGCGUCGCGCAUCGCGGCGAUGGGCGGGCUGCACCGCUUCAGCGGGUGGCGGCGCCCCAUGCUGACCGACUCGGGGGGGUAUCAAAUGGUGUCCCUGGGGGAGUGGUGUCAGGUCGACGAAGAGGGGGUGUGUUUCGGGGAGGUCCCUGCGCCGCAGCGCCGCAGCCGCGCAUCGGAGCCCGGCCACUGCGGGGCCGCCGCGUCGUCCAGGGGGUCCAACAGUGCGUCGGGCGCGCGAAGCGACGGGCGCAGCGGAGGCGCGUGCGGCAGCAUGGCGCUGACGCCGGAGGCCGCGAUCCGGCUGCAGAACGACAUCGGCGCGGACAUCAUCAUGGCGCUGGACGACGUCGUGCCCGCGACGCACCAGGACCGCGCGCGCGUCGCGGAGGCGCAGGGCCGGACCUCGCGGUGGCUCGAUCGAUGCCUCGCGGCGCACAGCCGUCCCGCGGAGCAGAGCUUGUUCGGCAUCGUGCAGGGCGGGCUGGACCCCGAGCUGCGCGCGAGGUCGCUGGAGGACAUUCUCGCGCGCGACACGCCCGGCGUCGCUGUCGGCGGGCUGUGCGGCGGCGAGGCGAAGGACGCGUUUUGGCGGGCGGUGAAGCAAUGCAUGGACAGGUUGCCGCCGGGCAAGCCUCGGUACGUAAUGGGCGUCGGGUACCCGCUGGACAUCGUCGUGUGCUCGUGCCUGGGCGCCGACAUGUUCGACUCGGUGUAUCCGACGCGCACCGCCCGGUUCGGCACCGCUCUGGUGUGGGGCGGGACGCUGCACCUCCGCCGCGCGGCGUUCGCCGCGGACACGCGCCCGCUCGACGACGAGUGCCCGUGCGAGGCCUGCGCGAUGAAGCUGUCCCGCGCGCGCCUGCACUUCCUCCUCCGCCGGGGCGUGGACGCGGCGAAGGUGCUGCUGCUGCAGCACAACGUGACGUUCACGCAGCAGUUGACCGGGGGGUUGCAGGAGGCGAUUCGGGGCGGUGAGAGCCGCCUGGAGGCCUUCGUGCGCCGGUACUUGGCGGGGGUGUUCGGAAGCGAGGGAGACGCCCCGGAGUGGGUGCGAGACGCCAUGGCGGCGGCGGGGAUCGCGCUGUGA